AUGGCUAGUAUUUUGGGCAGAGUUGCUCGGAGAUUCGCGUCAACCGCUGUCAAGGAUCAUCAGGAUCAUGAAGCGGCUGCUCUCCUUUGGAAGAGACUCUCCCUUUUCGUUGCCCUGCCCGCGGUAGUCAUCGUCGGCAUCAACACUUACCUUCACGAACUUGAACAUCAUAAACACGAGCAGCGACCUGAGUUCAUCCCCUGUGAACACCUCGGCAUCAUCAACAAGCCAUUCCCAUGGGGAGACGGGAAGCAUGGCUUGCUUUUCAACAAGAAAGUCAACUUCACUCGCGACGGCUACGAAGAUUAA